UCUUCCAGUUCGAUUAAUAAACGUAAAUGUGACAUAUUUGUUUGAGGUAAUCUAAAAGCUGCUUUGGUUAUUUUAUUUGUUUGAGCUAUUAAAAAAAGAUUAUAUUUGGGCUAGCUAAGAUAGCACACGUAAGCUAAAGCUAAGCUAGUUAAGUACACUUCAAACGGGUAACUAGAACUAGUUUCACCCAUAACUUUACCGCAGAACAAAAUGAAAGCUGCAGAAGAUCAGGUUGUAGAAGAUGAUGCUGGUUACCAGGAUGAAGAGGAGUCCUUCUUCCAGGACAUUGACCUCUUACAGAAACAUGGCAUUAAUAUGGCUGACAUAAAAAAGCUGAAAUCUGUGGGGAUCUGCACUGUGAAGGGUAUCCAGAUGACAACCCGCAAGGCCCUGUGCAACAUCAAGGGCCUGUCGGAGGCCAAAGUGGAAAAAAUCAAGGAGGCUGCUGGGAAAAUGCUGAAUGUUGGUUUCCAGACUGCCUUCGAGUACAGUGCAAGGAGGAAGCAAGUGUUCCACAUCACAACUGGGAGCCAAGAGUUUGAUAAAUUGUUGGGUGGAGGCGUAGAGAGCAUGGCCAUCACUGAGGCCUUUGGCGAAUUCCGCACAGGGAAAACCCAGCUUUCCCACACACUUUGUGUUGCUGCUCAGCUGCCAGGUGAGGAUGGUUAUUCUGGUGGGAAAGUCAUCUUCAUCGAUACAGAGAACACCUUUCGCCCAGACCGGCUGAGAGACAUCGCUGACAGGUUUAAUGUGGAUCACGAUGCCAUGCUGGACAACGUGCUUUAUGCUCGUGCUUAUACCAGUGAACACCAGAUGGAGCUGUUGGACUUUGUAGCUGCCAAAUUCCAUGAGGAAGGAGGAGUCUUCAAGCUUUUGAUUAUUGACUCCAUCAUGGCCUUGUUCAGAGUCGACUUCUCGGGUCGAGGAGAGUUGGCUGAACGGCAGCAGAAGCUUGCUCAAAUGCUCUCCAGGCUGCAGAAGAUCUCUGAAGAGUACAACGUGGCAGUCUUUGUCACAAACCAAAUGACUGCUGAUCCUGGUGCAGGAAUGACGUUUCAAGCUGAUCCUAAGAAACCAAUUGGUGGGCACAUCCUGGCCCACGCUUCCACCACACGAAUAAGUUUAAGAAAAGGACGCGGAGAGAUGAGAAUUGCCAAGAUAUUUGACAGUCCUGAUAUGCCGGAGAAUGAAGCCACAUUUGCCAUCACAGCUGGAGGAGUUACUGAUGCCAAAGAGUGAAGAAUUCCCAGUGGGUCAAAGAAAA